UUGGCCAAUGUUAUUGGGAAUACGGAAAGAUUACAAGAGAACUUUCUGCGAAGAGUCGCAGAUUCCCCAAUCGUGGCGGCAUACAAUCAGCCUUAUCUUGCGCCAGGAUUUGAUCUGGAAUUGGAACAUCAAUAUCUUCAAUCAAACCCCUCGCCGUUAUAUUCGGGAUCUGCCAGUACCAUAUCGGAUUUGACCAUCAUCGGAGAUCAACAAUACGCGUCACCGAAUUAUCCUAUUUCCGGCCAGAGUUCUAAACCUACGAAACGGCAGAAAAUUGAUGGAAAGCCUAGGCAGAUCAAAGUUCGAGCAAAUAUAAAUAAUCAGAUGCCAGGAAAUGAUGCAUCUUCCGCAACUGCUGCGGAGGCUACCACGACCGCUGCAAAUAAACCAAAACGAGUACGAACGGGAUGCUUGACAUGCAGAGAAAGACAUUUAAAAUGUGAUGAAGGGUUGCCAAAUUGUCAAAAUUGUCGGAAAUCUAGUAGGGAAUGUAAGAGAGGGGUACGCUUAAAUUUCAUCGAUACUCAGGUUAAAUCACCACCAAUAAUUCCUCCUACAGCAGAUUGGGCAGUCCAAUUUCAAGAUGAAUCCCGCGAAAUCGCAUCCGAAUACAAAGGCGGCUUGAGCCGAUAUGCUCACAUCGAUCGAACGAUGACCCCUCCUCGAGAACCAACGGCCGAAUAUCCUAUGCGACCUGUGGUCAUCGAUCCUAUGAUGCAAGAGAAUGCCCUUCCGCCAAUUCAAACUACCGGUACUUAUAUGGAAAAUAAUCUUGGGGUUAAACAUGAGAUGGUACAUUCGGCACAUUCUAGGCAUACAAGUCGACAUUUGUCUCACGCCGGUAGUGAGGGUUCUAGUUAUUUGACCGCGCCGACUACAUAUAGUAAUUCCGAUCAAAUUAUCACACCACCCAACGAAACUCGAGAUUAUCUCACUGCACCCGAAGAAGUUCUAUUUAUGCAAGUUUUCGUCGAAGAAGUUGGAAUAUGGAUGGAUAGUAUGGAUCCAAUGAAGCACUUUUCCAGGAUAUUACCGUUUCACUCCCUAGGAGAACCUAUGCUUCUCAAUGCUUUCCUAGCAUGUGGAGCUCGACAUCUAACCCUUGUCAAUCCUAUUUACCACGAGGACAAAGCAUUAUACUAUUACGAUACAGCCACUACUCAAUUAUUACGAUCGUUACAAAAUCCCGAUCGAGAUACCGUCAUCUGUGCAACUACAGCUGUCAUUCUUAACGUUUACGAGAUCAUGUCCGAGAGAGCGAUGCAACGUAUGAACCAUAUUGCUGGAGCACGAGCAUUGAUAAAGGAAUGUGGAUGGAAUGCACGAAGUACUGGAGUAGGGGCUGCAUGCUUUUGGCUUAACGUUGGGAUGGAAUUGCUCAGCUGUCUUCACUUCAAUUGGCAAGUAGCUUGGGAACCGGAUCAAUGGGGAGUCGAUAUGGACUUUUCGAGGGAAUCGGAAGUUGGAAGAGAGGAAAUUUGGGUUCAUCGAAUGUUAUAUAUUAUCGGCAAGAUCGCAAACUUCAGGGCAUCGAUGCCGCGAUUUCAAGAGGCUUCACCGCACGACGAACAUAUUCGAAUGCAAUCUAGUAUACCUCGGACUAUGCACCCGAUGGCUUACUUGUAUCCGUCACAAACCGCUUCGAAAUCCGCCUUUCCGGAAGUCUGGCUUAUCAAACGUGCCACAAUCGUUGGAAGAUUGUUCUACCACACAGCAAUGUGUCUUCUCCCUCAAAUAAAUCCGUUAUUGGGCCCGGAAAAUGAAGAGAUGCACGAGAUGCAGCAAAGUCAUUCUCAUAAUAUAUGUGGCAUUGUGGCACACGUCAAAGAUAGGGGGGUGGCUAGUGUGGCACUUCGUUCUUUAGCUAUUGCUGCGGAAUGUUUAGUUAUUCGUCGUGAGCAAGAAGAAGUACUCGAUAUAUUCGAAAAAAUCAGGAAAGAGACUGGUUGGCGAGUGGGGUUUCUGUAUAAAGAACUCAAGUCGAAGUGGGGUUGGCCAGAUGAAGCGGCACAACAACAACAAAUGAUGUCGCAUUCGAACACUUUACCACAAUUCUUCCCUCUUAAUCCACAAGCGCCAACUUCAAGUCUACCACCUGCACCACCUGCACCACCAUUACCAAGGCCGUCCAUCUCCAGUGGCAUUUUAAAUCCUCUUCUGAAAACUGCGGAUUUCUCUCUACCGAAUCAUCCAUACAAGCAAUAUUAUCAGCCACCAAACACGACCAAUCAAUUUACUCAUACAUAUCUUUGA